CCCACUCCGGACUGACCGAAAUUAUAUCCGGUGAGAGGGAGGGAGAGAGAAAGAGAGAGAAGGGGGGGGGGAGAGAAAUAGAGAGAGGGACCCUUUGGGAGGCACCAGCAGCAGCAGCAGCAACACUCUAUGGUAUUCUAAGGAUUUCCUUUGGGGACAGGAGGACGCUUUGAAUUGAUGCCUGGAGAGGUCUAGACCACUGAUUGUGAGGAUGUUGUCAGCGGGGCAGAUCAGGUGGUUUUUGUGCACUCCACUGGUGUUACUGGCCCUAGUUUCAGCACAAGUCGAAGUUCCAUCUCCAAGGAGGCUGCGUUUCAAAGUGCUGAGCCCAAGCAGACUUCUAGUCUCGUGGAGAGAGCCCAAAGGAGACUUUGACAGCUAUCUGUUCCUCUACAACAGCAUACCAGGCGGUCAGCAGAGGGAGAUCAUAGUGUCUAAAUCAGACACUAAAGUGUUGAUAACGGACUACAACCCCUCAAAAGACUACACUGUCGGUGUCAUCGCUGUCAGCGGCCGUGAGCAGAGCAGACCACUUCAAGGCCGACAUAAAGCUGAAAAAGGUGAGAGUGAUGGAGGAGACAAGACUGAGUCCCAGACGCUGACUGAUUCCGUUGUAUCACCAGAGGAUGCCAACGAGAUCUUUGGAGCUGAUCAGUUUGUGUGCCACACUGAAGCCAUCGCAGACAUCAUCAUCCUGGUGGACGGCUCGUGGAGUAUUGGUCGGCUCAACUUUAGGCUGGUCCGCAAUUUCCUUGAAAACCUGGUCAACGCCUUUGAUGUUGGCAUCGAUAAGACAAGGAUAGGUCUGGCUCAGUACAGUGGUGAUCCGAGGAUAGAGUGGCACCUAAAUACUUUCUCCACUAAAGAAGCCGUCAUUGAUGCUGUCAAGAACUUGCCCUACAAAGGAGGAAACACUCUUACAGGCCUCGCUCUGAGCUACAUCAAGGAGAACUGCUUCAAACCUGAGUCAGGCUCACGGGUCGGUGUGCCCAAAAUUGGGAUUCUAAUCACGGAUGGAAAGUCCCAGGAUGAUGUUAUCCCUCCUUCAGAGAGCCUGCGCAGUUCUGGGAUUGAGCUGUUUGCUAUUGGUGUGAAGAAUGCUGAUGAGAACGAGUUGCACUCCAUCGCCUCAGAGCCAGAAAACACUCAUGUCUACAACGUGGCCGACUUCAACAUCAUGAGCUCCAUAGUUGAGGGUCUGACCAGAACAGUGUGUGAACAAGUGGCGCAGCAAGAUAAAGACAUCAAGGAGAAACAUGUACCAGAGAUGAUUGUACCGCCACAUGAUCUUGUGACGUCAGAGGUCACAGCCCGGAGCUUCAGAGUUUCCUGGAGUCCCGCCCCGGGAAAUGUACAGAACUACAGAGUUGUUUAUCAUGCUACACAGGGGGGAGAACCACAGGAGGCUGUAGUGGACGGCAGUGAAACAUCGGUGGUGUUGCAGCACCUCAGUUCUCUCACUGAGUACCAGCUGGCUGUGUUUGCUGUGUAUGCAAACGAGGCCAGUGAAGCUCUGCGAGGGUCAGAAACAACUCUUGCCCUUACCACAGUGACGGGCCUGCAGUUGUUGGAUGUGACUCACAGCACCAUGAAAGCAAGAUGGGACAGUGUGGAUGGAAUCUCUGGCUACAUGCUGCUGUACGCACCUCUCACAGAUGGUGGAGAUACAGACGAGAAGGAGAUCAAGGUGUCGGAUGCAGUGACAGAGCUGGAGCUGGAUGGGUUGAGCCCUCAUACCGAAUACACUGUUACACUUUACGCCAUGUAUGGAGAGGAAGCCAGUGACCCUAUUACAAACCAGCAGACCACAUUACCACUGAGUCCUCCCAGUAACCUGCAGUUCUCUGACAUCACCCACAACUCUGCCCACAUCAGCUGGGACCCUGCUCCAAGAGGGGUCAUAGGUUACCGCAUCAUGUGGGUCAAGACGGAUGAACUACUGACGGAGGAGGUGGAGGUCGGUCCAGUGAGCUCAUAUGACCUCAGUGAUUUGACAUCUCUGAUGGAGUACUCAGUGGCCAUCUCUGCCCUCUACGACAACGGCCAGUCAGAGCCUCUCACUGAUGGAUUCACUACCACUCCAGUUCCUGGUCCUCUGAAUCUACGCUCCAGUGACGUCAGCAGCGACAGCUUUAAGGUCACCUGGGAUCACUCUGCUGACGACAUUGUCCUUUACAGACUCUCAUGGGCACCGUUUACAGGUGGAGACACAAAAGAGGUGAUCCUGAGUGGAAGUGAUAACACUUAUAUCCUGGCCGGUCUAAGUCCAUCCACUGAGUAUGAAGUUAUGUUGACGGCCGUGUUCAAUGAUGAAUCUGAGAGUGAAACAGUCUCUGUUAUAGAGACCACAUUGGCCCAGACAACCACACUUGCUACCACAACUGCAGUGCCACGUCAGGCUGUGAGAAACCUUCAGCUGGGCGGUGAGACCACACAGAGCUUAGAGGCAUCAUGGGAGAUUGAAGACCCUAACAUAGAGAGCUACAGGGUCUCCUACGCCAGCCUCAGGGGAGACCAUAGCAUGGAGUCUGUUUUAGUUCCUGGGAGUCAGAAGAGAGCUGUUCUUGAGCCUUUAGUAUCAGACAUGCAGUACAAAGUGACGGUCACACCAGUGUACAGGGAUGGACAGGACGGCAUCAGUGUCUCUGCCAUGGGAGCAACAUUGCCCCUUCUGUCUCCUAGAAACCUGCAUGUGUCAGAAGAGUGGUACAACCGCUUCAGGAUCACCUGGGAUCCACCUCAGUCUCCAACAGAGGGUUACAGGCUCGUUUACCAGCCCAUUUAUGUUCCAGGACCAGUUUUGGAGAUGACAGUGGGUGAAGAAGUGAACUCCGUGCUCCUGUGGAAUCUCUUAAGUGGGACAGAAUACAGCGUUCAAGUGACAGCGUCCUACCCAACAGGACAGAGUGAACCGCAGCUGGCGAACACUAAAACACUUUUCCUCGGUGUCUCUGGCUUGUCGACCUACCAGGUUCAACACAACAGCAUGUGUGUCCAAUGGCAGCCUCUUCUACAUGCCACACUGUACAGAGUCUCCAUACAGUCUCCACUCAAUGGCCAAAGGCAGGAGGUGAGUCUGGGAGGUGGCAGUUCCCGACAGUGCUUCUAUGACCUCACGCCCGGCAGCCAGUACCAGAUCAGCGUUCACACACAAAUGCAAGAAAUGGAAGGUCCCUCUGUCUCCAUCACCGACAUGACAUUGCCAGCUCCCACUCAGGCCCCGACUGAACCUCCCACUACAGAGCCUCCCCCCACCAUCCCACCGGCUAAGGAAGUGUGCAAGGAGGCCAAAGCUGACCUGGCAUUCCUGGUCGACGGCUCCUGGUCCAUCGGAGACGACAACUUCAUGAAGAUCACACGUUUCCUCUACAGCACCAUGGGAUCGCUGGAUCUGAUUGGACCAGACGGCACCCAGGUGGCAGUUGUUCAGUUCAGUGACGAUGCUCGGACAGAAUUCCAGUUAAGUUCCCAUAGCAACAAAGAAGUGCUGCUGGAGGCUAUUCAGAGGAUCAGAUACAAAGGAGGAAACACCAAGACAGGUCGGGCCAUCAAACAUGUGAAAGAGUCCAUUUUCACUGCAGAGGCUGGAGCCAGAAGAGGCAUUCCCAAAGUCCUGGUUGUCCUUACAGACGGCCGUUCACAAGACGAUGUCAACAAAGUGUCCAAGGAAAUGCAGAUGGAGGGCUACAUCAUCUUUGCCAUUGGGUUUGCGGAUGCAGACUAUGGGGAGCUGGUGAAUAUUGCCAGCAAACCCAGUGAUAGACACGUCUUUUUUGUGGAUGAUUUGGAUGCUGUGAAGAAAAUAGAGGAACAGCUCAUUACCUUUGUCUGCGAAGCUGCCACUGCCACUUGUCCGUCUGUUUUGAUGAGCGGUAACACUUUGGCAGGUUUUCGCAUGAUGGAGAAGUUUGGCCUCGUCGAAAAGGAGUACAGCACCAUUCCUGGAGUUUCUCUGGAGCCAGGUUCAUUCAACAGCUUCCCCUGUUACAGGUUACACCGCGACGCGCUGGUGUCACUGCCCACCAAGUAUCUUCACCCUGAAGGUUUACCCUCUGACUACACCAUUUCAAUGAUGCUCCGUCUACUCCCGGACACCCCCCACGAGCCCUUUGCAUUGUGGGAAAUCCUCAACGCUGACCACGAGCCGUUGGUGGGACUAAUCCUAGACAACUCUGGAAAGACCAUGACGUUUUACAACCAUGACUACAAAGGAGACUUCCAGACUGUUACCUUUGAUGACACAAAAAUCAAAAAGAUCUUCCAUGGCAGCUUCCAUAAGCUCCAUGUCAUCAUCAGUAAGACAUCUGUAAAGGUGGUGUUAGAUUGUUCUGCGAUUGGAGAGAAAUCCGUCAAUGCAGCUGGCAACAUCACCACAGACGGAGUGGAGAUCCUCGGAAGGAUGGUUCGCUCCAGAGGCUCACAGGACAACUCUGCCCCAUUCCAGCUCCAGAUGUUUGACAUCAUCUGCAGCACGUCCUGGGCCAACAGAGAUAAGUGCUGUGAGCUCCCAGCAUUGAGAGUCGAGAAGCAGUGUCCUCCCUUGCCUCAUGCCUGUACCUGCUCCCAGGACAGUAAAGGACCCCCUGGACCCACUGGACCCCCGGGUGGUCCAGGCAUAAGGGGAGCCAGAGGAGACAGAGGAGAGCCAGGAGUAACGGGACCACAAGGGCCAGUGGGAGAGAUUGGCCCUCCCGGACCCUCAGGGCCACUUGGUCCUCAGGGACCCAGCGGACUCUCCAUCCAAGGGCCCCCUGGAGCUGCGGGAGUGAAGGGAGAAAAAGGAGAGACUGGCCCAGCCGGACAAAUGGGUGUUCCUGGAGGUCCAGGCUCAGCUGGACGUGAUGGCCCACCAGGACCGAGGGGUCUUCCAGGAAAUAAUGGACCACAAGGACGACAAGGACCCAGUGGACCUGUUGGAGCCCCAGGUGCACCUGGAGCUCCUGGACCAGGUGGGUCUGCAGGGCACCAAGGGGAUCAAGGAGUUCCGGGUCCUGCUGGUACCAAAGGUGAUAAGGGAGAACGAGGUGAUGUGCAAUCCCAAGCUGCGAUCCGUUCCAUCGCACGGCAAGUGUGUGAACAACUCAUCCAGAGCCAUUUGUCUCGCUAUAACUCCAUACUGAACCAGAUCCCCGUCCAGUCGUCAGCAUCAGUCCGAACAGUUCCUGGACCUCCAGGGGAACCAGGUAGGAGAGGCCUUCCGGGACUGCAGGGAGAGCAAGGCGUACCUGGCAGACCAGGUUUCCCUGGUACCAAUGGCCAGAGUGGACAACCAGGAGAAAGAGGUCUGCCAGGAGAGAAAGGAGAGCGGGGGAGUACAGGGAUCGGGAAUCAAGGACCUCGAGGACCACCUGGACCUCCAGGUCUGACAGGUGAAGGACGGACAGGCAGCCAGGGCCCACCUGGUCGGCCUGGUAACCCAGGGACAGCAGGGAGGCAGGGGAAUCCAGGCAGCACGGGACCAGCUGGCCCACCAGGAUACUGUGACCAGAACUCCUGUCUGGGAUACAAUGUGGGAGUUCAACAGGACUAUGGGAAUGAUUACUGAGGAGCUUUCUCCAACAUCCUCUCCUCUCCUCCUCCUCCUCCUCCUGCGCUCAACUCCUUCUGUUCCUCCCUAUGUGCCCUGCAUAGAUUGAAACUGAGGGGAACUGAUAAAUUUGGUGAUUCUCUCAAAGCCUGAACAUUUCUUGGGAUGGAUAAUAACUCCUGGCCCUGGCCUUAAACCUCUCAUCUCGGCACUGUUUUUCACCCAAAUUAUUCUGGCAGCCUACAUUUCAUUUGAGCAGAAGAGUGUGUGAAGUUCUGUUUCUGGAGUUUGUAACAAACAAACAAACAAACAAGAGCCUGAUUUGUUUUAGAGCAACUGAGUUGAAGUCUCAGUCACGCAAGUUUUCUCACGAUUGUUUAUAACGAACAGAGACUGGACGUUCAUCCUGGAACUGUGAGGCUGUGAGUUUCAUGUCUCAGAGGUAACAUUGGAUUUCGUUACCUCUCGUAAGACCGACAGUCCAGCGCUGUGAUGACUGCAGUGCCAGCUGUCCACGCACGACUCGCUUUGCUACAGCGGCCUACACUUAACGCCACUCCAAGCUCAAAUCUUUUCAAAGCUAAUCUUAUCUUAAUACUGAUGAAUUCCUUUGAUGCUGGUUGGCUGCAUUUAUUACUAACCAACGCCUUCUGUGUGUAUGUUUUGCAUAUUCUAAGCCGGGCAGAAAUCUACAUUUCAUCCCUAAUUUGACUCCAAUGUGACGGUUUCAUUUAUUGAUCAGAUCCGUGCAAUAUGUGUGAUCAGAUUUCCCUCUAAUUAUAACCAUUAACCAACCCUCUUGCUAACCCAGUCUUUGGAGACUACCCUAUUCUUGGUCUCUUAGUAUGCUUGAACCCAGUCCUAAUGUCAGUGAUAUAAAAUUAGACCAAUUGCUAAAAAACUAAAUCAUCUCAAACUGCUGUGACGUUGAGAUUUCAACCUGUGCAUGCUUCCCAUUCCUACUGUGCUUCUCAAACUGACCCCGAAUAUUCCCACCACCCCAGUCCAACCCCUGCCUCACGGUGGCUACCAGCCCUACAAUCCCCCGUACAACCCUGCUGCUGCUGUGGCUUACAACAACGACCAAGGAGGUCAAGAUGAGGAGGAGGAGGAGGAGGAGGAAGAGGAGGGAGAGGAAGAGCAGGACCCCUACUACCAUCGCCGUUACCCCUCUCAGUACUACCCACAGCAGCCUCCCCAACUGGCUCACACUCGCGGCGGUUACUCUGAGGACGUGGAGCUGAGGUCGCCGGGUGUCGCCAGGAGGUUUUCACGUGAUGUUGUAGUCAUGGAGGAGAGUGAGGAGGGAGGAGUUUAGAGGAAGGAUGACUCACCUAAAGUGCUUGAGCCCUGCACACAACACACACACACACUUUUACACAUGGACACACACAAGACACUGACGCACACAUGUACAUUACCCCAUCUGAAACUGAGUUGAGACCCCCCCCCCCCUUCCUCCCCACGCCCAACUCCCUUCCCUGAGUUUCUCCAUCAGGUGAAACAGUGUAAAUAGAUCUGUGGACUCUUGUAUGAUAUCUAUGUAAAGGGGGGGUCCAAAAAGUGCCUGAUCUGUGUUAGUAUCACCCAGUGGUAAUGCAAAGGUAAGACCGGUCUCUUCCCAUUUCAGGACUAAAACCCUUCUGUCUGUUUGAAGCCGCAUGUCGACAACCAGUGAGUGUGUAACUGGACAUGUGCUUGUUCUGGUUUCAUGUCACGAGGAAGAUUACUUUUCAUUUCGUCAAGGAUGAGCUGGCAACAUUUGUACAGGCUGCUUUUUAUAAUAAUGAAUUAUGUUUCUCCCGCUUAUCUCAGUGUGUUAAGGAAACAUUGAAAUGUUUUUUUAAGUAAUUUCUCCGUUUAGUAUCGUUAAGUUUUGCUUCUCUUAACCAGUAUUUGAGCUGAACGAUAACGGUUAUUUUGGGUAAUUCCCCCAAAAUGAAACAGAAGCAGUUUAAUACGGUUUUCCAUUUGAUUUAUUCUCAACACUGUGGAGCACAAAAUGAUCUCAGUUAAAGAUAACAUGUGAAAAACUAUGAAUAAUUCUCACCUCUCUCUUCCUUUCCAAGUGUCUUGGAGAAAUGAUGUAGCCUUCAGUUAGCCUCAAAACUCAAAAGAUGUUUAGUUUGUCUAUUGUGCACUAUUUUAAAAACACAGUGGUCCAAAAUGGUGGCACCUGAUAUAAAUAUAAAAGGUUUGUUCUGGGGUAAUGAAAAACAAUUCAUACAAUUUCUGCCAAAUUAAAAUCAAAAUCAAAAUGUCACCUACAUUUGUGACCAAAAUUACAUUUGGUCCAUCAAUAUUUACUUAUAUUGUAUGGAUAAACAUGGAACAGAGCUGCAUUGUUUAUGUUGUUGCCCGUGUUUGUUUCCUUAGUUGUUUUUAUGCAAAGUUGGGCCCGUUCACUGUGGACACUGUUUUCCAAAUGUCUGACCCCUGACCUCGCACUGGAAGGACACCUGGAUCCAGCUGUUAUUUGAAGAAUCUGCUGCAUCAUGAGUAAGGACUGAACCAUACAUGUAAACUUGCCCUGGUCUAUUUGACUUUUAAACGCUUAAACCACUUCAAUAAGGUUUGUGUCUCACCACCAUGACCCCCGAGUAGAACAUGAACUUAUUUAUUUUGUUUGCUUUUAUAACCAAUAAAUCUGUAAUGAGACUACAA